AUGACCCUAUCCAGACAACAUGAUAAACGGCUAGAACCGGAAAACUCAUGCGAUGUCCAGUCACUUCUCUCCUUCGCUAUUCUCCAACAAACACAGCACAAACUCUCCUUUCACCGGGUUCUCCUGGGACCCCCCACUCCCCCCACUCACCGACUCAUCCAAGGCGUCAGUCUGGAGCCCUGUCGACCUCCAGACCUGAACAUGGUCUCACAGCACGGUCACGGCUGUUUACUCACGCGCUUCUAUAACAAAACAGAUAGCAUCUCCCCUUGGCAGCAGUCUGCAGGUCGGAGCCCCCCCUUCCCCUGA